GUGAGUGAUUGACUUUAUCAGUCCAAGGACAUCAUCCGCCUGGUAAGGGGGGGAAGUUUGAUCCUCUUUCUCACGGAUUGCAGUCAACGGGAGUUUUUUCUCCCAACUCUUUGCAUAGGAUUUUUCCCCAUUUUGGCGUGGUUUGUUUUUGUUGUUUUUGGAUUUUUCCGCGCAACGUGGUACAUCUCGGCGCAGUGUGCAGCUUGCGCGCUCCGCUAAACUGGAUUUUAAUUUUAUUUUCAGUUUUUUUCUUCCCAGCUCCUGAGUUUGCUUCAAGCUCAUGACUAUGCUUCUUGAUAGCGGUCCGCAGUUUGCAUCGUUAGGAGUGGGGGGCUUCGGGACGCCGCGGCACCACGAAAUCGGGAACAGAGACCCUAGUCUGGGACUGAAUCCCUUCAGUGAUUCCUCCCACUCCGCUGCUUUUAAAAUCAGCCCCGUGGCUCACGAUAUCGCUUCCAGCCAGACAUCAGCUUUCACACCGCAAGCCAGUGGAUAUGCAGCUGCCCUGGGACACUCUCACGGCGGGCAGGUGGGCUCGUACGGCGGGGGAGCUUUCAAUUCAACACGAGACUUUCUCUUCCGGAACCGGAGCGUUGGAGAGUCCACAGCUCCGAGCACCCAGCAUGGGAUCUUUGCAGCUUCGGCGGGGAGCCUCCACGGGCCGCCCGGGAUCACCGAUAACCCCGGACAUUUGUUGUUUCCAGGACUUCAUGACCAGGGAGUGAGCCACACUUCAUCCGGUGGACAUGUUGUUAACAGCCAAAUGCAUCUUGGCUUGCGCGGGGACAUUUUCGGCAGACCUGAUCCGUAUCGUCCUGUAGCAAGCCCUCGGACGGACCCCUACGGGGCUCAGCUCCACAACUACAACCACCCCAUCAACAUGAAUAUGGGGAUGAAUGUGCCGACACACCACGGUCCGGGAGCCUUCUUUAGAUACAUGAGGCAACCGAUCAAGCAAGAAUUAUCAUGCAAAUGGAUAGACGAGAACCAGAUGAACAGACCCAAAAAGACUUGCGACAGGACUUUCAGCACCAUGCACGAGAUGGUCACUCAUGUGUCCAUGGAGCACGUCGGCGGCCCCGAGCAGAGCAACCACGUCUGCUUCUGGGAGGACUGCCCGAGAGAAGGGAAAUCUUUUAAGGCCAAGUACAAACUCGUCAAUCACAUCCGUGUGCACACGGGCGAGAAACCGUUCCCAUGCCCGUUCCCCGGAUGCGGGAAAAUAUUCGCCAGAUCGGAAAACCUGAAAAUACACAAAAGAACACAUACAGGUGAGAAGCCGUUUAAGUGUGAAUUUGAUGGCUGUGACAGACGCUUCGCCAACAGCAGCGACAGGAAAAAGCACAUGCAUGUGCACACAUCAGACAAGCCAUACAUCUGCAAAGUGUGCGACAAGUCAUACACACACCCUAGCUCUCUCAGGAAACACAUGAAGGUUCAUGAGUCUCAAGGAUCUGAAUCGUCUCCAGCAGCAAGCUCCGGAUACGAGUCGUCCACACCGCCAGUCCUGGUCUCAGCCAGCACUGAGGACCCGACAAAAACGCCGCCGUCAGCCGUACAAAACACGUCUGGUCACAGCGAAGGACUGGCACCCAACUUUAAUGAAUGGUACGUUUGAAGUCAGAAGAACAAAUUCCCUCUCAAUGUGGACCAAGAGGAUGAGGAGAAAAAAAAAACAUAAAAAAAACUAUUCAUUUUCACUCCACACACAUACACACACACAGCAUCAGAUACACACGCAAACACACGCGAAUGGGAUUGGAACAAGAGCAACAGCAGGAGAUGAGAGCAAAAGCCAGCACCAAGCAGGCCACGUCCGUUCUCAGGAUCACGAAAUUUGACUUUUAUUCCGCAGUUUUGAGGAAAUCAAAUAAAUCACGAAUAAAUAAACGCUAUACUUUCUCAAUAUAAAUAAAUGUUUUUUUAUCUUUUAGUUUACAGUUUUCAGAAAAAAAUGUUUUAUUUUUCAUUUUAUGUAUUUUCUCAAAUUUUUAUUUAAAAAAAAAGAAUAAAAAAGGAAGAUUAUUUCACGCUGUUUUAUAUAACGGUGACGCUCUAUUGUCGCCUCUUCAAUUGAUUGUUGAAACUUCAAACAGUCUUAAGAAACGUGCCAAAGUCUUUGUCAUGAACUUGAACACAGAAAAAAAAAAAUCAUAACUAAAUAUUAUCUCGUGAAUGUAUUUCCUUGUUUGAUGGGGUCGAAUCUGUUGUCAACGUCCGUUUUCAGGUGGAGAAAUGUGGUAUUAGGUUACGAUUGUUACCGUUGAAUAUAACGUUGCCUUUUGUUAAUACCGUUGUAAAUACAUAUCCAUGAUGCCAUAUUUAUCAAUUUGUAAUUUAAUUAUGGGUAUAAGUUCUGAAACUUAAAUGAUAUUUAUGGAAAUGUUUUCUAACAAGAACUGUACAGUUUUGGUCAUAACCAGCUUAACAUGGAACAAAUGAUAAACUCUAAAGCUCCAACAUCGCGAUUGUAUCCUUCUGUUUUUUGUUGUUGUUUUAUUUUUUCCUUUUUAACCAAUAGGCCUACAUGUGUCUUAUUUGGAUUAAUUAAAUCAUCUAUAUGAAUAUUAUGAAUUUGUCUAUAUAUAAUGCAGAUAUUUCCGUCACUUUUAUUUUGUUUAUGGGACCAUUGACAUGUAAAAUCAUUGACUUUGUAGAGCUGAGUUCAGUUGAGCUGAGAAGCUAUAAAACGGUUCUGUUGAUAUCUUUAUUUUUGGUUAAAUUUAAACUUUUUGUGUAUUUUACUUUUAUAGAAUCAGAACUAGAUGUCAAUCUUAGCAUAAACUCAGUAUUGGGAGAAGAAAAAAAAAAGAGAAAAGAAUGAACCCAUCAGCCUAUUGCACUCCUAUACUACAGGUCUUAGAGUGUGCGAAGUCAUGAUUUCCAAAUCAAGGUGACAGCAUUUUGAGUAUUUCAAAUUGGGGUCAAGCCCCGAAAUAUAUGCGCCAGUAUGGCAACCUUUCUAGUUCCAGCAGUGUCUUUGUGCAAGUAUGUUUAAAUGUGUGCAUCGGCAACAAUGGAACUGUCACAACACAGUAUCUUCAAAAAUAAAAAAGGUUUUUUUGUCUGUCAGCUUGCAUUGUUUUAAAUGUAAUUCUGUGAAACUAAGCGUGUUAUUUGUUGUGGUGUUGCAUAUAGAGCAGUUUGAUUACACAUUUGCUUGUUUUGUGUGAAUAACUUGUCAAGAUGACAUUUUUGUGUUUAACAAAAUUUAGUGGAAGGAAUUCUAGAUCUAUGUGGGUUGGGGAGAACACGUUCAGUGGCAAAAAGAGUUACAGCAUUGCAUUGUAACCUAUUCUCAAGAAUUAAAUAUUAUGCAUACACAAAGUAUAUUGUACUCAUAUGAGAACAAUUUCAGACCACCAGCACUACUUUUAAAAUAAAAUGUAAAAACGGUACCUCUUGACAGUGAUAUAUGAAAUAAGUUUAUUUAAAUAAUUUAAGGAAUAUAUGUUUUAUAUGCUAUUUUCUAUACCUUAAUUUAAAAGAAGUACUUUUUCUUAUUCCCACCACCUUUCUGCCCCAUGUCCAGAGGUCAGAGAAUAAUAUCUGAUGUAUAAACACAGCUAGAAUGUGAUGUUGUAACACUUUCUGGGAGAAAUGGGUCACACUCCAAGUUAUUCCUGAAGAGCAAAAAUGUUUUACUGAUGAACUGUGUCACUGUGCCACAUCGAGGCAAACCAUGUUACAACAGCAGGCCUAUGCGUUAGCCUAUAGCUACCAGAGUCAAACGUUCCUUGUACUUUUUAGGCUACUGUAUGUUGGUUGAUUUAUUUUACCAACUAUUUAUGAAGAAAUGUGAACGGAAAUUUUGACUGAAAUUAAACAAAACAUUAUGAAAAGCGA